AUGGAGGAGUGUUUUCCCCGUGGGGGGACCCUGAAGAAGUCUGAGGAAACAGCCACUAAAAAGAGGCCGAGAGAGGAUGACAACCUUUUUUCUACCUACCAUGAAGAAGCAGAGGAGAAGGCUAUUAGAAAGAAAAAGAAGAAAGAACUGAAUGAAACUUCAAAGGCAGCACAGCAUGACAGGGGCUCAUUUGCAAAAGUGAAAGCAGUGGAGCUGCUAAGUUAUAAGGACCUUAGUGUUGGGAUGUUGUUUCUGGGAUGCAUCAAAGAGGUCAAAGAUUUUGAACUGGUUAUAAGCUUGCCUUAUAAUCUCGUAGGCUUUGUUCAAGCAACAAAUAUUUCUGAGGCCUACACAAAAAUGCUUAAUGAACAAGUGGAAAAAGAGGAACUGCUGGAG